CCUCCGAGCACCGAGGGCGCGCGCACUCUCACGAGCCGGAGACUGCGCCCAUCAUCACACCGAGAGCCAGCAGGCUGAACAAUGGCAGCAUCCAGCACCUGAUCCACAGAUGGAGACGUGCUGGAGCUGAGGAGGGCUCUUCAGCGGAGAUCUGGACACACGCUGCCGCUGUCAUCAGAGAUGGAGCCGUAGAGGAGCGCGGAUCAGCGGGCUGUUCUCCACCACUGACGGGAGGCCCGGGAUGCGCGAAAACAUGCACAAGUGCCUCUGAUUAAGGAAAUUAUUUCCACAUAUGAGCUGUUUCGUGGCGUUUAAAGCUCUCGGCGUUAAGAAAUAAAUGCUAUCUGGCGGCGUAAGGAACGGGCAGGAGUGAUAAAACAAAGUCCCACUCGAGCAGGACAGACUCCCAUUGAUGGACAGCAAACAGGUCCGGAUCAGCUCAACAGAAACCAGUGAACUGGACCAGACAGGAGACGACUCGUUCUGCCUUAUUGCUAAAUUGGCCUUAAAGAAGCACCACUUACCACGAACACUGUCAACACGGACUCCUUCAGCAACUGAUGAGUCCUCAAACCACACGAUAUCCCUCACACCCUGUGCUUUCAAGGGCUUGAGCCCACUAGGCAUUUCCAAGAACGCAGUCAGUGUCUUCACCAUGAUUGAACCCGCGAGCAUUCCUGGGCUCACACAGGACUGUUUGAUUCAGCAGAGUCGCACCUGUCCCAGCUGCUUCAUUGAGACCAAGGAUAUGUCGAAUGUAGAGGCUAGUAUCAACCUCAAAAUGGCUGACAUGAACAGAGAUUACAGCACCUGCCCUGUCUCUGAUAUUAACAUGCAAUGCAUGAGCACGAGUGAGACGGGAAGUUACGGAGACCAGCUCCUCUCGGAUCAGCUUUUGAGCUUUCCUGUCCCCAAAACUCAGCUAGUGGAGAAGAAGGACAUGGAGAAAACAGACUUGGAUGAUGUGGCCUCCAAAAAUCUGUAUGAGGGCCUGCUGUUAGACAAGUGCAACGGAGAGGAUGGUUUGCUUACUAAUUCAAAUCAGGACUGGGGCUACUUCGAGUCCUUCAUUAGUGAGAGUAAGAUGGAACUGCUGGAUCUCUGCUCCAAGAACGAGCUAUCUGUAAAUCUCUUCACUGAGGAGGACGUGGACAAUUACAUGUUUGAUGAUGAUGAUGACUCCACUCUGAGCAGCGACGUGUGCUCGUUGAAGAUCCGUUAUGAAUCCUUCCAGGACAACAUGAGGGACAAAACCAAUGUUCUUCAAGAAGAAACCCAGUUCAACUUUUUCCCAAGUGUCUUGGUAAAUUGCACCAAGAAAGAGGGUGGUGUGUUAAAACGAGUUAUGGAUGAGCUACCCCCUAAAUCAGAGGAGCUUGGAUUUCAAAAUGACUGCAAAGAGGAUGAAAAUGACUGCUCCGUAGAGCAGACACCUGAUUACAGCCCCAAAAUGAACUACUUUAUUGAUUCAAGCAACUCAGCUGAUGACUCAGGGGACUAUAGUGAUGACAGCUCCUCCACCGUUUCCUCUUUUGACACCUUCCAAGACAACAGGCCUAAAAACCUGUUCUCACGAAAAAACGCAAGCUGCUCCAACCAUCUGAACUAUGGAUUGCGGGCUAAGAGAAAAGUAAGGUAUAGUGAUGACUACUUGUAUUAUGUUGAGUCCACCGAAGGAGAAAGAAACAUUGAAAAGCGAGAGAAACCACCAAUUGGUCCAAAGCAAGAAGAGGAUCUUGACUGGUGCCCUAAAAAGAGACGAAAAUACUCUCGCAAGGAUCCACCUGUAAUAAUCAAAUACAUUAUCGUCAACAGGUUCAAAGGAGAGAAAUGCAUGGCUGUGAAGCUAGGCAGAAUCGAUUCAGCCGACACGAUGGUAAGCUUAAAUGAGGAUACAAUCAACAAAUAUGAGAAGCUUGCACCUCUGAAAGAUUUCUGGCAGGAGAAACAGAGAGAAAGAGAGGAACAGCUUAAGCUGGCAGCAGGAGAUAAACACAGUUCUCACCACCAUGCCUUUAGUUCCAGUCCCGCCAAAAGGAAACACAAGCUAGCACACAGAAUCAGAAUUCAGAGAAUUCAAACUGUGGAGCAAUCACCUAACACGCAGGGCCCCUUUGCCUCUGAUCCCAGGCAGGAGGUUGCUUCUACAGAUGAAGCUGCCUCCAUGGGAAUGCCAUUAACAAUAGCCACCAGCUGUGCAAGCACAUUAGACCCAAAUGACAUCAUAGACACUGCCACCCGGAAGAGCAGAUCACAAGAGAGGGCGGAAAGGAGAAUAGGGAAUAAAAUAUUCAGAAUACAGAAAUUCAGAAGUGAAGCCAGACUCAAGAGCAAGAAAAUGAGAGACCUUGUGGAGAAUAGCAAGAGCGUGACAGACCUGACAGAAGUUUGCUCGUUGCAGAAAAAUAUGGACACAGUAGGAGGUGCUGAAGAUAAAAACGUCAGCCCAGCUGCACACAGUACCCAUUUGUGUGAGAGUCAAACGGCUAAUGCCACUGAAAAAUUUGCUUUUGUGUCUAUCACCUGCUCCCCUAACAAAGAGGCAUCAUCUGAGAAUGUGGCAGCAAGUGUUUCCGUUAUCCCGGGUGGCUAUCUGCAAACGUUGCUAGAAGCCUCUGAUUCUUCAGGUAGCACUGGUAUCCCGUUUUAUGCCCAGCAGACCCAACACUCUCUGGACCUCUCUUUGGAAAAGCAGCAAUUCACCUCAAUGCAGCUAGCGCAAAGUUGUGUUCUUUCCCCACCAUCAGAAUCAGAGCUCCAACAGUCACCCCAGAAUUGUCCAACUCUUGCCCAGAUGUGGCACCCCCAGCUUGGUCCCAACCAGCAGUUUGCAGCUGCAGAUAUUGCUGAAUCUGCGAUCCAACCCAACAGCUUCGCUGGAGAGAUGGCUAUGCCAUUGUCUGAAAGUCUGACCGUGUCAGGCUACAGCCAGCUGAGUCUGGAGAGCAACAGAAUGCUUUAUGCAAAGAAUUACAUGCCUGAGCAGCCACUGCCCCCUGAUCCUGAGUUUCAGGCUCGUCAGGGGCAGCCACAGUUUCAAAGAGCCACACUGCACACCAACAACGGCCAGCUCAUCAGUUUUGACUCAGUUGGCUCGCUGUCAGCUACUUCUAGCAAUUACAGCUCUCUGAGGCUUAAGUCCUGCGAGAAAGAUGGCGAGGAUGAUGUGAACGAGAACUUUCUUGCCCACUGCAGUCCCAAACUGGUGAUUCAGCAGAGUAUUGAUGCAAUCACACCCCUGAGGGAGUCCACAGACUUGCUGGAUAUCUCCAACUUCACUCCAGAUAAAUUCAGACACACAUCAUUGUCAGAACUCUCUCCCCCAGAGACGCCUAAUUUAUCCCCUCAAGUUGUGGGCUGUGAGAUGAAGAUAGUUGGGAAGGCUGGUGAUCUCCAGGAUGGAGCUAAGAUGCCAUGCACCAAAGACGUGGACUGGAACUGCAAAAUGAUCGAGCAGGAAGAUCUAGAUAGAUAUUCAGUAGAUGGUCACGAUUAUCAAUUGCACAUUUUCAAUGGCGAAGACAACUUAAGCCUGGGGAUGAAAGAAAAAAAUCUAACUUUUGAUGGUGAUAUGAUGAGUGCAAUCAAGGGGACUAAGGAAAAGAGGAAAAAUAGCAACAAACAAACUACAGGGCAGGGUACCAAAAAAAGCAAAGCCCCAAGAGCUCCAAAAACAGAGAAGGGCAAAGUUCCACGUCAGACUUCACGAGCAUCGAAAAAGUUAAAGGCUUUACUGGAUGAGAAGGGUGGCAAAGGCCAGACUGAGGGCAUUGCUCAUCCGCUGAAGGACAGAGGCUCUGAUGAAUGGACAGGAAUAGGUUGUUCAGAGAGCAAAUGUCAAGUCCACGAUGACCAGCGAGAGUUUGAAGAGCCAUCCAACAUCUUGUCAAAUAUUGUCUCAGGGAUGGCUGAAGUACAGAAAUUCAUGAUGGCCUCUGUUGAGCCAAUAUGGGGCCCUACAGCAAAUAUCUGCCUGCCCUCAGAGGCUAACAGCCUCAAGUUAAAGACUCUCAAAAUCCUUGCAGGAACUUCAUCCGACCCCAAGAAGAAAGGCAGUUUGGCUACUGGGGGCACAAAAGGCAGAAAAGGUGGGAAUAAAGCUGGCAAAAACCAGGCAAAGUUCAAUGCCUCCUUACCUUUUUCCCCUCAGUUGGCUUUGGGCUGCAACAUGUUCGAUAAGCCUAACCUUGGCGUUCCUGGUAUAAAUGGGCCCGCGCACAAAAAGAUGUACCGUCACAAAACCAGUGCAAAAUUUCCUCGGAUUGAACAUCUAAAGGAAACACGACCUGAACGAGACCCAAAUAAAGACAUAUCAUUAAUGGCUUCUUUUGAGAAACUGAGGUAAUAUUUUAUAUCUAGCUGCUGAUGCACGAUCCUCACUUUCCCACUUCCUCCUCAUUUCUUGACAUACCUACACUGACUCAAGACCAGAGAUGCAUGGAAUUAUGUUAUCCUUUAGUACCCCCUCCUUGUUUUUGCCCCCGAAGAGGAUAUUGAUCUUGCAUGAGAAACUUCUUGUACUCGCAAACUACCUAUUGAUUGAUUGUGUAAGGCUUGAUUGAGAUUUUAAAUGACCGUGGCUGCAUUUUCUUCUGUAUUCUUGUUUUUGCUAUUUUUUCCCCCUUGCAGUUGCUGAAUAGUUUUUGUCUGAAGAAAAGGAAAAAAAAAACUUUGAUAAGUGCAAAUUCUCUUUUUGGACCCUUUUUGUUCAUUUCUCAGUGAAUCUUGCUGCCCUUAUGUAAUUAUAUUUCUCUCUUCAAAGAUGUAGCUAUUAUAAAGUGUCUUUGUGGGAAACAAGCUCCCCCUUUUGAUUAUGUAUGCUGAAACAGAUGCCCUCCUCUCUUUUUAUCCAUUUACUCCCUGACUUUUUUUAAGUGUGAAAUGCUCAGCCCCUUGUUUAGGAUAACAACAUCCUUGGCAGAUCCCUAAACAUUAACAGCACACAAUGGGACUGCUCUGUAUUGAAGACAUAUCAGAUUAAUGUUGUUUUCUUACUGUUGGAAUGUACUCAUGAUUUUCUCUUAUCUACUAUGCUUUUUACAGGAGUUGUACUGGAAAUUGUCUUAGAGGGACAUUUCUAUGCCAUGGAAAUCCCAAAACGCUUAAUUUUUGUUUUCUUUUUUAUGCUUUCGUUUAUAAUAAUAAUUAUGAUAAUAAUGAUAUUGAUUAUUGACUGAAAUAAUAUAUUGCUACUAACAGAUUAUUAUUAUUAUUUAGUAUCACUGUACAGAAAUGCACUGUUCAAAGAAAAACAUGAAUUCUAUCCGUGUGCCAAAUGUAAACUCUCUGUGCACAUUAAUAAUCUGUAAGAAUACUGGCUGUUUCUUUUACUAUCCUGAUGAAUGCUGGCUGUCCUCUUUCAAGACUUAACAAGAUCCGAUGUUUGUUUUUGGUUAGUAAUUUAGUUUUCUUUGGGGACCCCACCGUUUGAAGAGCACCUGCAGCUGACAGUGGUACAACCACUUUACCAAAACAACCCUGAACUUUUUUUUUUGUUUUAACUUUUGUCACCUUACUUACCAAAUUCAAUGUACCUCAGCAUUACUACAAAAAGAGAAGCAAAUAUGUACUCUUAUAAACAUAGAAGGAAGAAAAAUAAGAAAGGUGGACACGGAUAAUGUUAAUUGAGGAUGACAUCUUUCUGGUAUCGGUCAGCAAGCAAUCAUUUCACAAUCUGCUGUAACAGGAACUGUGCCCACAAUGUUUUAUAUUUUGCAUAUUUGUUGAAUGGAGUAUUGAUGGUUAAGAAACUGUAAAGAAUGUCCAUUUUACUUUAGCCCACUUUUACACAUUUCCCUUACGGCUUCCAUAAAUGGUUAAGUAGUAUCCUGUGCUGACAAUUACAUCUGAAAACAACAAUUAUUGUUUUGUUUUUUUUGCCAGUGGUUCUGUUGUGAAACAAAAGUUUUUCAGGGAACAUGGUGUUUUGUUUAAUUUGUUUUCAGCAACCCAGGCUCAUUGAAAAUACAAGAUUGUGGCGAAGUUUCUGCAAUGCGACAUUAUGUACCUUAUUGCAUGUUUUGCGGCAGUUUCAGAGUGAAAUGUCCAGUGAGUUACGCUAAAAUCAUGAUUAAUAUGUGACUGUGAUAUGUUUUUAUUAUGUUGACACGGGCACAUAUUUUGGCAUUUUUAUUAUGUUGACACUGGGAUGUAUUACGACCGUUCAGAAUUCAAACGUCCGGGAAGUAUCGCUGAAAGGUUAAUGCUCUGUUUUGUUGGAAAAUAACAUGCCCCUACACUAAACCCAACCCUAAACUUACACAAAUGCAAAAGUGAUAAAAAAAACGCAUUCACUGACGCAUAGUAGCGUCACAGGAUUCGUAUUGGAGCGGUUCACCUCACAAGUGCAAUGCCGUAUCACGUGAGCUACCGAGCAAAUCUACUGAGUUAAAAACCCAAACAUACGAAGCUGGAUAUGUGGGGCUAACGUUCAAAAGUUUCCAUUUCAAAUCACGCAGCUUGUUAAAAUAGUUUUGGAGUCAUAACACAAUAUUGUGCAAAGAAUUUGUGCGAAAACUAGGCUUUCUAAAUCAAAACUCUGGCCCUGUAAAUAAUUGAGUGUGACAAAUAAUAAAAGUUGUCAGAGUUUUACUGCCUCUAGUGUUCAUUUCAACUGGAAACUGCUUCAAUUCAUACGUACAGUAUAGGUACUGUUUUUGAGUUUUGCAGAAAUGUAGGUAGAGGCAAAGUAUUUCCAAUGAGCCUUGGUAGGUUUUAUUAGUGGCAAAUUAGUGCUUUAGCGCCCCCUAGGUUUCUGUCACAAAUUUCAUCUCAAUUCAUUGUAGCUCGAAAAACUUGAAACCAAAUUCGUCCUUUCAAAAGCACUGAAUCCAUUGGCAUUUACCACAUAUAGAUUAAAAGAUGACACCUUUGAUUUAAAAGAGUUGCUCUAGGAGGAUAUCUCAGGUAAAGUAAUGCCUUACCUAUAGCUUUUACCUUAGAAAGAUUUCACUCCGUCCCCUUCUGCCUCCAGCCGGCCAUGUUAAGCAGCAGCAGGAUGAUCCCAAUGAGGGAACUGCACAUGGGCCGCUCGCCCGUCUAGCCUGCCUUCUCUCAUUUCUGCCUGUUGUCAACUGAAUGUAAUUCAAGUUUUCUACAAUGUGCCACUGUUAAGCUGCCUCCUCCUACUGGUGCUACGAGGGUUAACUGUAUUCACCCAGUAAUUAUGACACAAGGAUUAUAAGAAAUGAAACCCUAUUCCUCUCUUAAUGAAUGUACGAUAUAUGGUUCUGUUUGAUGUAUUCUCAACACAAUUCUUUGUCAUUAAUUGGAAUUGCUUUUGCCUUUUUGUUGGAGAAAUUAUUGAGCUUUAUAAAUAUUGUCUAGAGUUGAUACCAGAGGGAUUCUUAAUUAACUCUCGACAUCACAAAAAUAUUGUAUAUUUUUCUCUGUGCCAAUUUGUAAGAUAUUUUGUAAGUGUAUAUUUUUCUUAGAAAGUGCUGUGAAGUAUUAGUAUGUGUGUGUGUGUGUGUGUGUGAGUAACCUUUUUUGUGCCUCUGUAGGCAGUGAAAAGGAUGUAUAAUGACAAGCUUUUGGUUUUAAAAACCAAAAUAUUAAGAAAAAAAGAGAAAAGGAAUAAAAAAAAACCUACAUUUUGUUGCAAGUUUUGUAAGAGGAAACUUAUCUUGUUGUGAGAGUCUUGUGGUAUUGUGGAAAACACAUAUAGGCAAAAAAGUACAGACAAAAAUUGUGAACUAUUUGCUGUUUUAUAGAUUUUCAUGUAAAUUAUUCUUGUAUUAUUUUAUGUUGUAUCUGUUGCAAAGGUUUUAAAUAUUUGUGAACAAGCCUGUAUGGUGAACUGUAAUAUUGGUAACUUGCUGAGUUUUGUAAUAAUGUUUAUGGAGUACAUAUACAAAUUAAAAGGAGAUUUUGAAUGCU